AUACCAGCUUUUCAUCUCCCUCCUGGUCCGAUUUCAUGCAGGAGAGUGUGUCUCCCGCUUCUGCGCGGGUGAGCCCAACAAUGACGCCACCGUCCUCUGAUUCAACCGAGGCCACUUCUACUCCUGCUUCGUCUGGCACUAGCCCUGGCAAUGGGAUGGAAUUGGUACUUGAUUUGAAUCUCAAUGCGACUACAGAAUUCCCCAAGAAGCAAAAGCCGCGCUCACAGGCUCAAAAAGAUAACUAUAUCAAAGCUCGGAAGUAUGGAGCUUGUGAAAAGCACAAGAAACAACACAAGCGGUGUAACUGCCUAGAGAAGAACAUCGCGAGACUCAAUGUCAACGAAGCAGCAAUUUUGGCGACACCGUCUGUUUCAGGACUUCCGAGGCAACCAAUUAUACACGGCAAUGGACUUCGAUCAAAGCAAUCUAUAUUGCCACCAAGGGAGAGCCCAAGCACACCAUACAAUUCUCAAACACAGGCACAGGCAGUUGUGGACAGGAAUCGGGUGGACAGACAUACUUGUCACAACACGGUUCUCCCCUAUCCUCAUGGAACCGUCGACAGACUCACGUGCCACAACACUGUUCUCCCAUAUCCGCAUGGAACCGUUCCACUGGAAAGGAAUUUUGCUCGUCCUGUUACAAACUCUGCUGUUCCUGGCAACAUGGAGCAAUUCAGAGUGAAAGUUCUACCACAGAACAGGAACACCAGACCUUUCGCUGGCGUCGAUCGAUUCAAAUGGGGUCCAGGGACUGUUCAAAUGCAGUCCACAAACCAAUUACAAUCACUACCUGGAUGCCUGGAGAUUUCUCCCACUCAGGGACAUGUCCCAAGGUCGGUUUAUACUGUGCCAAAGGUUCAUGGACCUGGAGGUCCCAGAAUCAGUCGCAGCUCAACCGCCCCGGAAGAUCUCAGGCCUCUCGAAGGACCGUCAGCCAAGCCACAACAGAAAUCUGUGGCAAAGGCAUCGACUUCUUCCAGCAGUGGCUUAUUUCCAAUCACUACAAAUGGUGUUUUCUCCAGUAUUCGGUCUGCUGGUGGAGCCAUUCAACAAACUGUGCUAUCUUUUGCCUCCGUCUGGCAAAACUAUACAAACCUUACAUCUUGGGUUGGCGCCUAUGUUGGCAGGGCUGUCGUUCGUUCUUGCAAGCAAAGUUUAUCCAUUAAAAAGGGCUUGGAGCUUUACUAGGUGAAGCUCAACUAGAAUCUGGUUGGAACAUGUUGGAAACAUGCUCCCACCAGCUUUCUCAUUUUCCGGCCUUUGACUUGUGAUUUUAUGGUUUCUUUUUCUGUUUUUAAAUUUUGGUCUGUUUCCUUUAUGUGAGACAA